GCGGGCCGGGCGGGCGGGGAGCAGCGCCGGCCGAGGGCCCCAGAGCUUGCGGCUGGGUCCGGCGCGCGGCGCUCCUGUAUCCCCUGUUCGCCGCCACCCCGCCAGCGCCACCCCCCGCGGGCAGCAGGGGCUCAUGCAGCCGCCAAGGUCCUUAUUGAUCUCCGAAAGCGCGUGUCUGGCGUCGCGGCGGCCCGGAGAGCAUCGCGCCACCUAACGGACACGGUGCGCCGCGCGCUCCCGGCGGCCGCCAAGUUGGAAGCUCUCCAAAGUGGUCGCGGCGGGGCGAGGCUGCUGGGAACUGGCCGCGCUGGAUGGAUGGGCAUGGGGAGAGGGGUCGCGCGUGCAGCCCUGGGAAUCGCUCCGCUCCUCGCCUUCCUCGUCUGCAGCUUCCCGCCAGCCACCUCCCCGUGCAAGAUCCUCAAGUGCAACUCGGAUUUCUGGAGCGCCACGGCGGGCGGCCACGCGGCAGCGGCCACAGGGGACGACACGCCCGAGUUCUGCGCGGCGCUGCGCACCUACGCACUGUGUACGCGGCGGACGGCGCGCACGUGCCGCGGGGACCUGGCCUACCACUCGGCCGUGCACGGCAUCGACGACCUCAUGGGCCAGCACAAUUGCUCGCGGGAUGGCCCGACGGCCCAGCCGCGCCCGCGCACGCCUCCGCCACCGCCGCCCGGGGACAGCCAGGAGCGCUCGGACAGUCCGGAGGUCUGUCACUACGAGAAGAGCUUCCACAGGAGCGCCGCGCCCAACUACACGCAUUGUGGCUUCUUCGGGGACCCGCACCUGCGGACUUUCACCGACCUCUUCCAGACCUGCAAGGUGCAGGGCGCCUGGCCGCUCAUCGACAAUAACUACCUGAAUGUGCAGGUCACCAACACACCCGUGCUGCCCGGCUCGGCGGCUACCGCCACCAGCAAGCUCACCAUCAUCUUCAAGAAUUUCCAGGAGUGUGUGGACCAGAAGGUGUACCAGGCCGAGACGGACGAGCUGCCAGCCGCCUUCGCCGACGGCUCCAAGAACGGCGGGGACCGGCAGGGCGCGGGCAGCCUGAAGAUCACCGAGAAGGUGUCGGGCCGGCACGUGGAGAUUCAGGCCCGGUACAUCGGCACCACCAUCGUCAUCCGCCAGGUGGGGCGCUACCUGACCUUCGCCGUGCGCAUGCCCGAGGACGUGGUCCACGCCGUGGAGGACCGGGAGGGCCCGGGCCUCUACCUGUGCCUGCGGGGCUGCCCCCGCAACCAGCAGAUCGACUUCCAGGCCGUGCGGGCCGCCCCCAGCCCCGCGCCCGCCCUCCCCGGCGCCACCUUCCCCUACGAGACGGCCGUGGCCAAGUGCAAGGAGAAGCUCCCCGUGGAGGACUUGUACUACCAGGCCUGCGUCUUCGACCUGCUCACCACGGGAGACGUGAACUUCACCCUAGCCGCCUACUACGCGCUGGAGGACGUAAAGGCGCUGCACGCCGACAAGGAGCGGCUGCAUCUCUAUGGGCGGACUCGGGAGCCCCCCGGCCGGGCCGCGGCUCCCGGCCCACCCCCAGCCCCACGGGCCCUCAUCAGAGGCUUCCUGCUCCUUUUUCUGCUUCUGGAGGCUGUGUAACCCCCGCCCCCACCCUGCCCCUACCCCAGAUGCCAGCUGUAGGGGACGCCCUCUGGGCUGCAGGAACUGGGCACGGGGUGACCAGAGCUGUGACGAUCUGGAGGAAUAGGACCCUGUAAUGUGGGGGCCACUCCAGCCCCCCCACCUUGCCCUGCCAGAGGCCCUGCCCGCCUCCCCAGCCCUCCUGCUCCUCCUAGCAAUGCACUGAACCAUCCUACCCCACUGCUGCCCACCCCGGGGCCGCGCACGCGCACACACACUCACACACUAAAACCCCACUGGGACCCCCGAGGCAGGGCUGCCCUUACCCACCCCAGCCUUCCACAGGGCCUGCUGGAUAGGGGGGACUGCAGCAAGUUGGGGUGGGGGGACCCUUGGGUAUAAAGGUGGAGCUCUUUCCUGGGGCCUUGAGCUGAGGGGAGCACGCUAGGGGCCCCCAGUGCUCUGGAGUGGGGUCCCCAUGGCAGGCGAGGCCGGGCGGGGCCAGCUGGCCUGCUCCGUCCCCCCUCUCCGGCCCGGGCUCCCGCCCCGCUGCUGAGCGAGCGAGAGUCCUUGAAGCGGCCCCCACCUCCUGUCCACUGCAGGAACCCCCAUCUCCACUCUGCUGCUGGUCCAGGGACCCCCGCCCCCCCUCACCCCCAGCCCAGCAGCACGCAGAGCUCCACACCCAGAUGGGCCUGCACUGCCCGCCCCGCCCCAGCCUCUGCCGCUGUCCCUCUGCUGUCCCCCACACGGGACCUCUCAUACACUGGCCAGGAGGUGGGAGCAAGGUUCCCGCCUCCUCCUCCACGAGGUCCUCCAUGCUGCCCCAGGGGCGCGGCCCGGCUCCCCCAAAGCCCCCCUUCCGUGAUCUCCCCCGACCCCCCCCCCCCCCGCCGUGUUGGAAGUUAACCGUGAUGCACUUUAUUUCAUUGUUUGACCGCGUUCUGCUUGGAAGUGGGGACCCCCUCGCCACACCCCGUGUGAGUGUCCCCUGUGUACAUACUGUAAAUUAUUUAUUAACGGCUUACACGCAAGUAAAGUUCGGGGGGUUGUUUUGUUUUGAUAUUUUC